UGUAACUGUGUAAGUAUCGGAUCCAAAUAGAAUACGGAUCCACUCUAGCUGCUAAAUCUUCAAAGUACAACCAGCUAAGCCAAACAAACACCACCAAUCAAGCUCACUCUCUUGAUCUCCGCCGUCCGAAUUUCUCCCUCGCCGGCCGCCGAUCUAUUCUCCGACCAAGAUGGGUGCCGGUUUCCUCGUUGGCGUCAUCGGCGUUCUAAUUCUUUCUCACGCUGCCUAUUCCACUGUCCAAUAUAGAGCUUUGCUCAAGAUUACCGAGGAAGAGUUUUCUGGUCCCCCCAUCAACGUUGUGAUGGAAUUGCUAGUUAGUUUAGUAUUAUGCUUGUGGGCUGCACUUGCUGCUCCUGGAAAAUUCAAGUCAAUCCAUCCUCAAUCUGAGGAAAACAGGAGUUUUGGAUGGAAUAGCAUAGUCAAGGAGAAUUCAUAUAGCCGGCCUCAACUUGUUUGGACUGAAGCACAGUGGGUGGUCGCUUUGCCUGCCAAUCUGGAUUUCAUGAUCUUUAAUCACCGCGGAAAGAUAUUUCCUCUGGAAGCUGACUUGAAAUUGAAGUGAUGGGAUGGACAGUUUCGGCAUUCAUGAAGUCAACAAAUUGUCACCCUCCAAACCAGCCCCAUCUUUCUCUAUUAUCUCAAGGAUUGCUUUAGAUAGUUUUGAUAUUGAACUGAUUCCAUUACUUGAGCAGCAUUAGUUGAAUGUACUUGUCAGAGGGCAGAGGGAAAGACGUUUUUCUCAGUUACAUAUUUCCAUUUUUGUUUGCUUAGAUUUUAUUUGUAUGUUAGUUUUCAGAAUAGUUCAGCACUGGAACUAUAUAAUUACCCUGUUUUUCAUAAUUUCAGGAGUUAUGUUCUUUACCCUCUUUAAGAAGGACAUUAUUGUUGUUGAAUGAAGAAAAUGAUCUAUAUCUCCUUA